CCAUGUUUGAGCUCCAACUGAACCAAGGGGCCGUUCUUCUCCGGAAGGCCGUGGCGCCACUCGUCGACCUGGCCGACUUCGCCGACGUCGAAAUCUCCCCGGAGGAGGUGAUCUUGCUGACCGCCGGCAACCCCGCCAUCUCCGAGGAAGACUUCGUCGUGCUGCGGAUUCCGGAAUCGACCUUCGCUCGCUUCGUCUGCGACUUUGCAGGGUCGUUCGUUCUCAACCUCCGCCGCUUGUAUUCCAAUCUGAAUCGCGCCGGCGACGACGACGCGCUCACCAUUCACGGCGACGACGGCGACGAUCUGAUCGGCUUCGUGACCGUGAAUUCCGGAACUGGGGAGUUUGGUUUCUCUGAAAUGGAAUUGUCUGAAUCAUACGCUGAAGGGUUGGAUUUACCAGAGUUAGAUUAUGAAUAUCGAGCCAUCAUUGGGAUACCUUCAGAGGAGUUUAGACAUCUUAUCAUACAUCUGCACUACUUUGGGAAUUCUGUUUCUGUACAUGCGACCGAUACUGAAGUCCAGUUUUCUGCAGUAAAUGAGGAGGUUGUUUACAGGACAGAGCUUGGGGAAUGUAUUAUUGGGGGUGUCCAGCAUGAACAUCCAGUUUCCUUGAUCUUCAGUCUCCACUUCCUCAGCGUCAUCCUGAACGCGUGUCUUCUGUCAAACAUUGUAUGGUUGCUCCAGUCUGAUGACUUGCCUCCCAUGCUGAAUUGCCCUGUUGGUUCAAUAGGCAACCUCAUGUUUUACUUUCACUGAAGGCCAUGAUGAUAUAGGAGCCUGCUCCAAAACAAUCUGAGAACUUUCUGUGACCUGAUUCUAAUGAUGCAAACUUCUACAUACAUAUUGAUACAUUCUUAAAGAAUGUGCUCUUGAUCACAAGU